AUGAAUGCAAUCAAAUCAAAAACAGAAAGUCAUAUCAGUGCCAUCAGAUCACGUGGUGAAGUACAUCUCCAUGCGGUUGCUUCAGUCAGAUCAGAAAUUAGGGAGAUUCAUCCUGAUGAAGCUGCUAAUGAUGUGGAAUUGUUAGCUCAGAUUGGUUAUAAGCAAGAACUUAGACGUCAUUAUAGUACUAUUCAAGUGUUUGGUAUCGCUUUUUCCAUUAUGGGUUUAUUACCAAGUAUCGCAUCCACCCUUGGUCUUGGUUUAGCCUCUGGUCCUGCUGGUUUGGUCUGGGGUUGGUUUUUGGCUAGUAUUUUUAUCUUAUGUGUUGGUACUUCCAUGUCAUUUUUAGGAAGUGCUAUCCCAACAAGUGGUGGUUUGUUUUAUUAUUCAAAUUAUUUUGCACCUGAAAGUAUUAGAGUUCCUCUCAGUUUUAUGAUUGGUUGUACAAACACUUUAGGAUUACUUGGUGGAUUAUGCAGUAUUAGUUAUGGGUUUGCUGUGGAAAUCUUGUCAUGUGUCUUUAUUCAACGUGAUGGUGAUUUCGAAAUUACUGAUGGUAAAUGUUAUGGGAUUUUUGCUGCAUGUAUCAUUACCAAUGUCAUUCUUUCAUGUUUGACAAGUAAGCAUGCUGCCUACUUGCAAACCAUUUCCAUUGUUGUAAAUGUUUUCUUAGUGGUGUUAUUCCUUAUUGCUGUUCCUGUUGGUUUCAGACAUAACGAGUUCAAUUCAGCAAAAUUUAUCUUUACAGACUUUGAAAACUCAACAACCUGGAGUUCAGCUUGGUCAUUUGCAUUAAGUUGGAUGCCAGCAAUUUGGACUAUUGGAGCCUUUGAUUCAGCUAUCCAUUGUUCCGAAGAAGCUAAAAACGCACAAAAAUCUAUCCCAUGGGGUAUUAUGGGUUCAAUCAGUGCAUGUUGGAUCCUUGGCUGGGUCAUUUGCAUAGUAUGUGCUGCCUGUAUCAAAGAUGGUGAUGUUUCUGCUGUACUUAAUUCCCCAACUGGUUCUCCAAUGGCACAAAUUAUCUUGGAUGCUUUGGGGAAAGAAUGGGCUGUUGCUUUCAUGGCUCUUAUUGCUGUUGGGCAAUACUUAAUGUCGGUUUCUAUUUUGAUUGCAGCUUCAAGACAAAUUUGGUCCUUUGCUAGAGAUGAUGGAUUACCUGUCGUGUAUAAGUUUGUCAAGUAUGUUAAUCCAAAGGUCAAAGUUCCUGUUAGAGCUACAGCCUUCGGUGGUUUCCUUGGUCUCUUAUUAGGUUUAUUAGUGUUGAUUGGGCCUGCAGGUGCAAAUGCAUUGUUUUCCUUAGCCGUUGCCUCUAAUUAUUUGUCAUGGGGAACUCCAGUCUUAUUAGUUUUAUUACCAGUUGGAAGGAAAAGAUUUGUUAGAGGUCAAUUCUAUCUUGGUACAUACUUAAGUACCUUUAUUAAUAUUACUACUGUUUGUUGGAUCUUAUAUUCCAUUGUCUUAGUUAUGUUCCCAGAUUCUAGACAGGUUAAUAAAGAAACCAUGAAUUAUACUGUCGUCAUUAAUGUUGGUGUAUGGAUUCUUUCAUUAUUUUAUUAUUUUGUUUGGGGAUAUAGAUCAUAUACUGGUCCAAGAUCAAACUUGGAUGCACAGAACUUGGUUGCACCAAACUCAGAUGAAUCAGAUGAAAUGAUUGAUGUGAUCCUAGAUGAGAAGAAAUAG